AUGAGCGCCCCUCAGCUGCUGCGACCGCCCAGCCCGCUGCUGCCCGCUGCGGCCGCCGUGGCCGCCGCCGCCGCCGCGCUGGUCCCCGGCUCCGGGCCCGCGCCCUUCCCGGCGCCCGGGGCGGCCCCGGCGGGGGGCAUCUCCUUCCAUCUGCAGAUCGGCCUGAGCCGCGAGCCGGUGCUGCUGCUGCAGGACUCGUCUGGCGACUACAGCCUGGCGCAUGUCCGCGAGAUGGCUUGCUCCAUCGUGGACCAGAAGUUCCCCGAAUGUGGUUUCUAUGGACUGUAUGAUAAGAUCCUGCUUUUCCGUCAUGAACCUACCUCUGAAAACAUCCUUCAGCUGGUGAAAACGGCAAGUGAUAUCCAGGAAGGAGAUCUUAUUGAAGUGGUCCUGUCAGCUUCGGCCACCUUGGAAGACUUCCAGAUCCGGCCCCAUGCUCUCUUCGUUCAUUCAUACAGAGCCCCGGCUUUCUGUGAUCACUGUGGAGAAAUGCUGUGGGGGCUGGUGCGCCAAGGCCUUAAGUGUGAAGGAUGUGGUCUGAAUUACCAUAAGAGAUGUGCAUUUAAAAUCCCCAACAAUUGCAGUGGUGUGAGAAGGAGAAGGCUCUCCAAUGUUUCCCUCACGGGGGUCAGUACUGUCCGCACAUCAUCUGCUGAGUUCUCCACCAGUGCCCCUGAUGAGCCUCUACUGUCUCCUGUGAGCCCUGGCUUUGAGCAAAAGUCACCAUCAGAGUCAUUCAUUGGUCGCGAGAAGAGGUCAAAUUCGCAAUCAUACAUUGGACGGCCAAUUCAGCUUGACAAGAUUUUGAUGUCUAAGGUGAAGGUGCCGCACACCUUUGUCAUCCAUUCCUACACUCGGCCCACAGUAUGCCAGUUCUGCAAAAAGCUUCUCAAGGGCCUCUUCCGGCAAGGCUUGCAGUGCAAAGAUUGCAGAUUCAACUGUCACAAACGCUGUGCACCGAAAGUACCAAACAACUGCUUGGGUGAAGUGACCAUCAAUGGAGAUUUGCUUAGCCCUGGGGCGGAGUCUGAUGUGGUUAUGGAAGAAGGAAGUGAUGACAAUGACAGCGAGCGGAACAGUGGACUCAUGGAUGACAUGGAGGAGGCCCUGGUCCAGGAUGCCGAGAUGGCUAUGGCAGAGGGCCAGAGUGAUGGUGCAGAGAUGCAGGAUCCAGACGCAGACCAGGAGGACUCCAACAGGACCAUCAGCCCUUCGACAAGCAACAACAUCCCCCUCAUGCGGGUGGUGCAGUCUGUCAAGCACACGAAGCGGAGAAGCAGCACGGUGAUGAAAGAAGGCUGGAUGGUCCAUUACACCAGCAAGGACACACUGCGGAAAAGGCAUUACUGGAGGUUGGACAGCAAGUGCAUCACGCUCUUUCAAAAUGACACAGGAAGCCGGUACUACAAGGAAAUUCCUUUAUCAGAAAUUUUAUGUCUGGAACCUGCCAAACCUUCAGAAUUAAUUCCCAUUGGAGCCAAUCCUCACUGUUUUGAAAUCACCACAGCAAAUGUAGUGUAUUAUGUGGGAGAAAAUGUGGUCAACCCUUCAAGCCCUCCGCCGAACAACAGUGUUUUCACCAGCGGCAUUGGUGCAGAUGUGGCCAGGAUGUGGGAGGUGGCCAUUCAGCAUGCGCUCAUGCCUGUCAUCCCCAAGGGCUCCUCUGUGGGCUCAGGAACCAACAUACAUAAAGAUAUUUCCGUGAGCAUUUCAGUUUCAAAUUGCCAGAUUCAGGAAAAUGUGGACAUCAGCACUGUCUAUCAGAUUUUUCCUGAUGAAGUUCUGGGUUCUGGACAGUUUGGAAUUGUUUAUGGAGGUAAACAUCGUAAAACAGGAAGAGAUGUAGCUAUUAAAAUUAUUGACAAAUUAAGAUUUCCAACAAAACAAGAAAGUCAGCUUCGUAAUGAGGUUGCAAUUUUACAGAACCUUCAUCACCCUGGUGUUGUAAAUUUGGAGUGUAUGUUUGAGACGCCUGAAAGAGUGUUUGUUGUUAUGGAAAAACUCCAUGGAGACAUGCUGGAGAUGAUCUUGUCAAGUGAAAAGGGCAGGUUGCCAGAACACAUAACGAAGUUUUUAAUUACUCAGAUACUAGUGGCUCUGCGGCAUCUUCAUUUUAAAAACAUUGUUCACUGUGACCUCAAGCCGGAAAAUGUGUUGCUGGCAUCGGCCGAUCCUUUCCCUCAGGUGAAACUUUGUGAUUUUGGUUUUGCCCGGAUCAUUGGAGAGAAGUCUUUCCGGAGGUCAGUGGUGGGUACCCCAGCCUAUCUGGCACCUGAGGUUCUGAGGAACAAGGGCUAUAAUCGCUCUCUAGACAUGUGGUCUGUUGGGGUCAUCAUCUACGUGAGCCUCAGUGGCACCUUCCCUUUUAAUGAAGAUGAAGACAUCCACGAUCAGAUCCAGAAUGCAGCCUUCAUGUACCCACCCAAUCCUUGGAAGGAGAUUUCUCAUGAAGCCAUUGAUCUUAUCAAUAAUUUGCUGCAAGUGAAAAUGAGAAAGCGCUACAGUGUGGAUAAAACCUUGAGUCACCCUUGGCUACAGGACUAUCAGACCUGGUUAGAUUUACGAGAGCUGGAAUGCAAGAUUGGAGAACGCUAUAUUACCCACGAAAGCGACGACUCGAGGUGGGAACAGUAUGCGGGCGAGCAGGGGCUGCAGUACCCUGCACACCUGAUCAGUCUGAGCACGAGCCACAGCAACAGUCCUGAGGCUGAAGAGAGGGAGAUGAAAGCCCUCAGUGAGCGUGUCAGCAUCCUCUGAUUCCAUCCUCUCUAAUCUGUCAAAACACUGUGGAAUUAAUAAAUACAUACGGUCAGGUUUAACAUUUGCCUUGCAGAACUGCCAUUAUUUUCUGUCAGAUGAGAACAAAGCUGUUAAACUGUUAGCACUGUUGAUGUAUCUGAGUUGCCAAGACAAAUCAACAGAAGCAUUUGUAUUUUGUGUGACCAACUGUGUUGUAUUAACAAAAGUUCCCAGAAACACUAAACUUGUUAUUGUGGAUGAUUUAUGUUAUAUUUAAUACAUUAAACCUGUCUCCACUGUGCCUUUGCAAAUCAGUGUUUUUCCUACCAGAGCCUCAUUUUUGGUAAGAGGCAGCACCUAUUCAUGAUAUCGUUGUGUUUGGUGAGCCCCAUCGAUGGUGGUGUUAUAAGCAAACUCUUGAGGAGUAGAUAAUUUGCUGGUGUUCUGUGAACAACUCAAAAUGCAUUGGGGUGUGUGAGGAGGUGAAAGAUGGGGAGAAGGCAUCUAAAGUCCUGCGACUGAGUUACAGGAAAACAGUCUUACUGUGUGAUUUCAAACCGCUGCCUGUCUGGUGUGCCUCGGUGUAUUUAAACUCCAGUAAGUGCCCCUCAAUAUGUGGAGCUAUUGCUCUAAGCCUAAAUGCCUUAGAAUGUAAACUGCUAUACAUACCAGAUGCAUUUCUUCCUUUCUUACAAUACUAGCUGUAUUACAGAAAACCAGCAACUCAGCAAAUGUUGGCCUUUUGUGUAUUUUUUCAAUAAUAAGAAAUAAAUAUUCUUCUCAAAA